GACUCCGUCGCACGGCCCGUGUUGUGCACGAACUUCUUUAAAGCCGAAGUGGUGUCGCGCAUAUGCCCCUGUAGAAUUUUGGAUUUAGCGGGGGUGUUGGAAACGAAAUUUAGGCUUCGGGGAGGGAGAUCUAUGUAAAAGCAACGCGGCUAAAUUGGGAGGAGGGGGGCAGAUUCGCCUUCGGUUCCUUCUCUUUCUCCGACGCUUUCGACCCUCUUCUCGUGGCCGCAGAGAGGGGAGAAAUAGAGGUUUUGGUGUAUUCGGCUCCGUUCUCUCCGAAACCCUAGGAUUUCCUCUCUCUCCGCCAUCAGUUCGUCUCCCUGCGUGCGAUUUUCUUGCUGGAUCUGUGGUGGACUCGUUACCCUCCUUUUAUCUGCUCCGGUAAAAGGAACUGUCUUUUAGAUUUUUGUGUACCGUUUAGGUGAAUCGAUUUGAGGGAAAGGUUGAUUCUUGAAGACGUGUUAGGGUCGGGUUGGGCGCUAGAUUAGAUUGUUAAUCCUUUUUUUUGUGUUUCCGUUGGUAGACGAUCCUUUCCUCCGAUCUCCUUUCGUGUAGGGUCCGGCUCAAGAGGGCUCAAUGAAAUUUUUGGGGCUGGUUUUUUUGUUUGCUAUCAAAAAUUGAGGGUUUUCUUGGGGUUCUGAAGAUUAGGUCAGCUUAGGCUUACCAGAUACAGAUUAAAAGUACCGUCUUGGAAUAAUUGGAGUACAGAUCAAAAUUCUUUCUUUUGAUUUUGAUACACAAGUUGGGUUGAACGAGAAAGAAUUUGGGUGCUUAGGGUUCGUUAGCAUGGCCUUAAAUUUUUCAUCUUGUUCUGUCUUUUCUACCCCGUUUGUUCAUACCGAUGAUGAGUCCUCUCGAUCGAGAUGCGAGAGGAGCCCUCUUGUCUCGUAUUGGGACACUGGAAGUGAUUAUGGUUACGUUGAAGGGGAUAGUGGGUCGACCGAUGUGGAAGGUGCGUUUGAUCCGGUCGACCUGCUACCCGAUGAUCCAUUCGGGAUGGGGCUUGACGACAGCAUGGGAGUUGCGAUAGCCAGUCUUCUCGAGGUCAGUGGCAGUGACUUUUUUGGGUGGACGCUCUUGUAUUCACCUGAAACUCAGUUUUACCAUGAUGGUUGGAUGGAGGAAUGUGAUGGCUGGGACGAUGGGGACUUCACAGGAUUGUCUGUUCGGGAAGCCGGAGAUGAAAUUUUGGAAUCUGGCUUGGAUAUGGGACAUUCUUUAAACUGCAAUCGUGCAGAAGAAGCUCGCUCCAUCAUAGAUGAUGGUACCCCACACGAGGGACUGCUCUUCUCGCUCGGGUAUUUGGGUGUUCGGGAUCUCCUCUCCGUAGAAGGGGUCUGUAGGUCCUUGCGUUUUGCUGUUCAGAGUGAUACUCUCUUGUGGAGAUGUAUCCAUAUCGACUCUCCUCUAAGUGAGAAGAUAACUGAUGAUGUGUUGCUGCGGCUAACACAGAGAGCUCAAGGGAAUCUGCAGUGCUUGAGCCUGACGGGUUGUUCAAGGAUCACUGAUGAUGGCCUGAAGCGAGUGCUGGACAAUAAUCCAAGGCUGAGGAAGUUAAGUGUUCCUGGAUGUGUGAGACUAAGUCUUGAUGGCAUUAUAAACAGCCUGAAAGUAUUGCAAUCCCAAGGUAUGCCAGGAAUAGAACACCUCAAGCUUGGUAGGCUUUUCAUUGUAUCCGAAGAACAAUAUGGGGAGUUGAAGUUGUUGCUAGGUGCAGAGCAACUUCAGCAAGCCAAACAUCAGAAACCAAGGUUCUACCACACCGAUCGCUCAUCUCCUACUUGUGAUGAUGACUGCAUUAUUGAUAUCGAGUUGUGUCCGUUGUGUCAGAAAUACAAGCUUGUUUACGACUGUCCUUCUGAGAGUUGUCGAGGAAAGGGUUCUAAGCAGUGCAGGGCUUGCGAUGUUUGCAUUGCGAGGUGUAUUCAGUGUGGGAAAUGCAUUAAAGACUGUAGGUAUGUUGAGACAUUUUGUCUCGAAUAUCUAUGUUCAGGUUGUUGGAAGCUACCACUGGUUGUACAUGAGAGCAACGAAGAGAAGUGAAUAUGCACCAGGAUGGCGUACCUUUCAUUCAAGAAAUUGGUGAUGUGAGAUAUUGUUGCCAAGAAAUUUACACACGUGUCAUUUCACUCCUUGUUGGUCUAUUCUGAGGGAGGGAGGUUUACGUCCUUGAGGUUAUCACUGUUUGAUCUUAGUCAAGUUGAGCAAGUAUUCGGGUUAAUUAUAUACAUACAGGGAAUAAAGAAGAAAUGAAAUUAAAGACAAAAAAAAGGAAAAUUACAGUGUUGAUAUCAGUGUGUUUCUGAGCCAUAUGAGCAGCUUAAGAACAGCUCAAGAGAUUACCAGGUGACUUCGACUUGCUGUCUAUUUGAUACCUUUAUGAUGGACACUGUUUGAGGCUAACUGUUGACUUCUCUGUUGCCUCGUGCAGAGAUCCAAUCUCCAUGUGCGCCGACACUCUGGAAAUGGAAAAUGAUCAGAGUUUGCAAGAAAAGCAUUAUUAUUGCUGUUCACAUUGAUUUCUUUGGGAAAUGAUUUGUUAUGACUUGAAGAUAAUUUCCGCUGGUGAUGUUUGUGAAAUUAAUCUCAUGCUGGCUGUGAUAUAACAAUAUAUUGCUUAGGAGAUGUGUGUUUUAUAUAACCUGUGGAUAUCGUGGUGUUGUCUUUGUAGAAAGUUUACAUUGUAUGACUUGCCCAUUUAAUCUCCUCGUCAGACUGUAUUUAUCACCCAUUCAACUGCGAUUGGAGUAUGGCUAUGUUUCAUUAUCGAUUGAAAAAUAAGCUACUUAUUUAA